UAGUAAAAGUGAUAAACGAAUAACUUUGGAAAAUCCUUUAAAUAUUAACAUUCUGUUUAGAAAAAAAAGUGAAAGGUCUUUUGAACUAAUUUAAUUAUAACAUCGACAACUUGUUUUUUUUCUUUAUGAAUUUGCUGCUGAAAAAUCUUAAAUCAAGACGACGGCGGAAGACCAAAAACCGGAAGGGUUUGCUCAAAGGUCAGUGUUCUGCGGGGAGGCCAUUUCGUCAGGGCUGGAGAAUUAAUGGCUGAGAAUUUCGAUGAAAUCUACCCGAUUUAGCUGCUAAAGCUUCUUCUAAAACUCGACAUUGUUUUAGCCAAAUUUGUGCUGCAAAGGGAUCACACUACUCAAGACUCAAGACUGGGUGUUUGCAAAGGGAUCACACUACUCAAGACUCAAGACUGGGUGUUUGCAAAGGGAUCACACUACUCAAGACUCAAGACUGGGUGUUUUAUACACUUAGGAAGCUAGAGCCAUAAAAGCGUUGGGCUGGGUAUGUCUCCGUCUUGGACCGCCGCCUAUUAUGGCCGACCACAACCCUAGUCUCCACCAAUCAGGGGGGUCUCAUCACCAGCGUCGCACAACUAGACGUGGCACAACAACUGCCGCUUCCACCUCUGUCAAUCAUUUUGAAUCUUCUGUGUUUGUCAACGCCCAGCAAGCAGCUCCAAGCAGCAAGAAUAGCUCAAAAAGAAGUAAUUUUAAGGUAACCGGCGAAGCUUCAAAGCGUAAAUCGGAGCCAUUAAAUCUAAGCAUCCCAACUAAACAACCACCACGUGAGAUCCAGGAAGUCAAACUGAACGCUACCAUCCAAUUUGGCCAUCUCGGCCCUGGAUUGACCCCAAGCAUCAUCACUAAACAUCCCACACCACACGACAUUAAACCCUCAAGUGAACUGAAUGCAAAUACCUUUGACAGACACCUGAACUUCGACCACAGCUCUGGCCCUGGGUUGUUCUUGAACCAUAGUCGAGAUCCGUCGCAGAGUGGAGUUGUCCCUGAGGAGUUUAAGGACUCUAGCAUCAUUGUUCCCGGCAGAGGCCUAGGUAAGAAGCGUAAGGCCAGUAGUUCCUCAGCGUCUUCGGCAAGCGAAUCCACCAUUGGGGAGAAACACAGCAAGCUACGGCUGCGUUCAGCCAGUACUGACCAUCCUGAAUCUGAGACUGGGGAGACAACUUUGCCAGGACUCAACGAAGAGAUCCCGUUGAUCACCUUCAGGUCUCUGCGCUCAUUCUCCAGGGAUCAUCCAUACCAGUACGAGGCCUUAGACUACUACGCACCGCGCCGGACACCAGGCAGGACGAGUGCCCAAAGGAGGGCUGCCCCACCCUGGGGCGCCGGACCAUCAGCAACAGUUUCCACCCCUCCGACAACGUCAACAAAGACCGAGUCCAAGGCACUAUCAGCCGCUACUACGUCUACUUCUGGGACGCCAAAGUCACGCUUGGGUGGUAUCUCUUACCAUAGAUCGUCAGAAAACACAUCGACAGAUCCAUCUACUGGUGUCCCAUCCCAGCCAUCUACGUCCGGUGUAAGCACCCGUCAGAAGGCCAAUAGAGGGCGGGCUUCAUCAACUCCUUGUCCCGCUGGAACUGAAGAGAAAGGAACAGCUUUGCCGUCCAGUCUUAAGGGUCCUUUGAAAGGAAGGACCACCUCAAGCAAAAGCAAGUCUAAGGCGAGGACCUCAUCUCCGAAACCAGAUAGCUCAAGGCCACGUGCCACAGACACCAACACGGGAACCUGUGCCAGCACCAGAAGUAGGCGCAGCUCGGGGAUGAGCAAGCGAGCACAAAGCGGGAGCAGUCGAUCAGAUACCUCAUCUGGACGAGACGCAACCACAGAGGGCCCUUCAUCAACUGGACGUAACGCCAACGAGGACUCGGCCCCAGGGGCCAUUGGUGCAGCUUCAGGGUCUGGAGGAGGGGGAGGAGCCCCAGCUUUGGCCCUAGGAGGGGAGGGAGAGUCUGAUGAUUCCGAGGUGGGGCGACUUCAAGCCCUUCUAGAAGCAAGGGGCCUACCUCCACAUCUGUUCAAUGCUCUUGGACCUCGUAUGCACCAGUUGUUACACAGAAGCAUGGGUACUGGAGCUAGUAGCAGAGCCCAUCAGCUGCUUACCGGUUUACAGGCUACCGGUGAUGAAAGUCAGCAGUUACAGGCCGUGAUUGAGAUGUGUCAACUCCUGGUGAUGGGUAAUGAAGACACUCUGGGGGGCUUCCCGGUCAAACAGGUCGUUCCUGCCCUGACAACUCUGCUCGCUAUGGAACACAACUUUGAUAUCAUGAAUCACGCUUGCCGAGCUCUGACCUACAUGAUGGAGGCUCUACCCAGGUCCUCUACUGUGGUUAUGGACGCCAUCCCAGUGUUUCUAGAAAAGCUUCAAGUGAUUCAAUGUAUGGAUGUAGCAGAGCAAUCAUUGACUGCAUUAGAGAUGCUCUCAAGGAGACAUAGUAAAGCUAUUCUACAAGCGGGUGGUUUGACGUCAUGCCUUCUGUAUAUUGAGUUCUUCUCCAUUGCAGCACAGAGGAAUGCUUUAGCUGUUGCAGCUAAUUGUUGUCAAAGUAUCGGCAUGGAUGAGUUUAACUUAGUCACAGAAUCACUGCCUUUACUCACCAGUCGACUACAACAUCAGGACAAGAAGUCAGUUGAAAGUUGCUGUUUAUGUUUUGCUCGCCUAGUAGACAACUUUCAGCAUGAUGAGAAACGUCUGCAACAGAUAGCGUCCCAUGGCCUCCUCACAAACCUGCAACAACUGUUGGUAGUCAGUCCACCUAUCAUCAGUACAGGAACCUUCAUUAUGGUCAUCAGAAUGCUCUCAUUAAUGUGUUCAAGCUGCCCACAGAUUGCUGUACAGCUUCUGAAACAGAAUAUUGCAGACACGAUUGGCUACCUCUUAAUGGGAUCUUCAGUUCAAGCCAGCCAAGAAAUUGAGCUUGUCUCCAGAAGCCCACAGGAACUCUAUGAGAUCACAUCACUAAUCGGCGAGCUGAUGCCCAAGCUACCCAGUGAUGGAAUCUUUGCUAUUAACACUAUGAUCAGGAAAGGUAGCCAUCAGGUACCAGACGCAGCCAUGUGGCAAUGGAGAGAUGAUCGGGGCAUGUGGCAUUCCUAUACACGCAUUGAUAACAGAAUCAUUGAGGCUGCCCAUCAGGCCGGUGAGGAUGAGGUUUGUCUUUCCACCAUGGGUCGUACUUACACCAUUGACUUCAAUGCCAUGCAACAGAUUAAUGAAGAUACAGGAACAGCUAGACCGGUACAACGACAACCUAACCCACCAUACUCUGCUUCAGCAGCCAAUCCUACUUUAUCUAAAGAAGAUGCUCGAGCCUCCCUCUUGAAGGAAGAUGGAGAUCUUGCAGCUCUCUUCAUUAAAGCUCUCUUUGCAGUCUUGUAUGAAGUCUACAGCUCCUCAGCUGGGCCGGCCGUCAGACACAAAUGCUUGAAAGCAAUCUUGAGGAUGGUGUACUUUGCUGAAGCUGAGUUACUUCAAGACAUCCUAAAGAGCCACGCUGUAUCAAGCCACAUAGCAGCUAUGAUGUCAUCCCAGGAUUAUAAAGUCGUCGUUGGUGCUCUUCAGAUGGCAGAGAUCUUAAUGCAAAAACUCCCAGAUAUCUUCCAUGUCUACUUCAGAAGAGAAGGUGUGAUGCAUCAAGUCAAGCUACUCGCAGAGUCACCCAUAGAGGCAGAUUCCUCCCCACCCCUCAAGGCUAAGAUGAAUACCCCAAGUACAUCAAGAGAGACACCUCCAAGUAGCAGAGACACAGGAAGUGCUGACGUAGGAGCAGACUUUGAUACUCCUCCACAGGGGAGACUUAGUGAUGUCUUAAAAUGGAAAAGACCACCCAAGCGUGCCGUUGGGCGUAAGAGUAAGUAUGCAAGCAAUGAUGAUAGCAACACAACCCCAUCACCAUUUGAUGUCUUGGAGGCUCAUCACACAAGGCUAAGUGGAAUGACUGGAGGAAGUAAAUCUACACCUACAGGUCGACCGUCUGCCUCGGCUAAAGGAAAAGCAGCAGUAGGCAAGAAUGCAACGGCCAGCCAGCGCUCCUUCCUUUCAUCUCUGAACCCCUCACGUUGGGGGCGCUCUAACAGCAGCGGCAAUGGCACAACUCCUCCAGGUAGCGGCAAUUCUAACUCGUCUGGCUCUACACCACCCUGCGAGAAAUCCUCUCGUGAAUCUGGACUUCAUCGAGCAAGUUCACAUCACGGUCAUCAUCAUUCAGAUAGAGGGUUUGGUUUGGAUAGCCAGGGGAUUGGGCUGACUGCUUCAAUGCAUCUUGCAUCAGCUAGUGGUAGCAGCUCUACCAGUAGUAGCCAGAAAGAGAAAGUGAAAUCAUGGAUCAAAGAACAAGCUAAUAAGUUUAUAAACCAGUACUUUGGAGAAGAGAUGCAGGGAGAGAGUCACCCAGCUCUAAGUAUGCUCAAUAGACUCUGCACUGCUGUCGAUCAACUUGUGAUGGAUAAAGAGCAAGACAUCACCAUCCUUCAAGAAAUAGCCAACAUUCUCUCCAACUCUGACGUAUCUCCGUUUGAGAUCUUACACAGCGGGCUGGUCAGUCGACUGCUAAAUUUCCUGACAUCAAACAGCGGUAGGGAGUCACUGGAUCGUUAUACAAGACUGAAACGGUUCCUGCAUGUGUUCCUUCAUUGUCCGUUGCCAGAUUCCACACCAGUGCGAGUCCUUGAUCACCUUGUUACUCCUCCAUUCAUUGCCUUGGUCAGUAAGAUCAAUGGAUGUAUCAAUCACCUUGAACAGUUUCCGGUCAAAGUUCAUGACCUCCCAGGUAGCAGCAGCUCUGGAACUCGAGGGUCACAAGCGCUAAAGUUCUUCAACACUCAUCAACUAAAGUGUCAGCUACAACGUCACCCAGAAUGCACAACUCUUCGACAGUGGAGAGGAGGACCAGUUAAGAUUGAUCCUCUAGCUUUAGUUCAAGCUAUUGAGAGAUAUUUAGUUGUUAGGGGUUACGGCAGAUUGAGAACAGAAGAUGAGGAUAGUGAUGAUGAUGCGUCAGAUGAUGACAUUGAUGAGUCUCUGGCCGCAGCUUUCUCCAGCUCCAACAUGAAUAUCAAACACAAAUUGGAGUUUGUCAUCAAUGACCGUGUACUCCCUUACAAUAUGACUGUAUACCAGUCUAUUAAGCAGUUUGGUAAUAUGACAGAGGAGGACCGUGAUACAGACGAUGAAAGUAAUCCCCUAGGAAGAGCUGGGAUAUGGAUUAAAACUCAUAUUAUAUGGUAUCGUCCAGCCAGUGAGAAUGGCCCUGAAGCAAGCCUUAUAACUCCCAAGUCAGCCACUACCAGCAGUAGCAAUACAAGCACUAGCAGCAGCGGAGGUGGUGGUGGUGGUAGUGGGAGUAGCGUUACUAAGCGUGGUAAAGGAACCAGCUCCCACAAGGCUACUAGUAAGGCAAGGAAACAUGAUGAGCUGUGGCUUGAUGGAAUCUGCCCUGCCGUUGUCUCGCCAUUAGAUCUCUACCUCACGCCAAAGCUACCUGGUGGUGUGGUCAUAGAUGACCCAUCAGUUGAGGCUGUAUCCCUGCUUAGGGUACUCUAUGGUCUCUGUAAACACUGGAAUUGCCUCUAUGAUGGAGCCUUGCCCCAACCUGCCCUUAGCCCAGCUGAAUUGACCAACAGCAAGCUAACAGCCAAAGCAGCUAGACAGCUUCAAGAUCCUCUAGUUAUCAUGACAGGAAAUCUACCAUCUUGGCUCAACGCUGUGGCGAGAGCAUGUCCUUUCCUAUUGCCUUUCGACACACGUCAGAUGUUGUUUUAUGCGACUGCGUUUGAUCGUGAUCGCGCCAUGCAACGCUUACAAGAGAAUAAUCCAGAUAUGAAUACGUCUGACUCUAAUGAACGAGUCGCUCCAAGACUGGACCGGAGAAAGAGAACAGUAUCCAGAGAUGAUCUUUUGAAGCAGGCAGAGACAGUGAUGGAUGAUUUGGCUGGAUCUAGAGCCAUCUUAGAAAUCCAAUACAGUAAUGAGGUUGGCACUGGCUUAGGUCCAACCCUGGAGUUCUAUGCAUUAGUAUCCCAGGAGCUUCAACGAGCCGAUCUUGAUUUGUGGAGAGGUGAUCAUGUAGUGCUACCUGAGGCUAAGGGUGCCCAAGCUGGAGUAAAGUACGUCCACUGCUCCCAUGGUCUCUUUCCAUCACCGCUAAGCCGGACUGCAAAGACAGUCCAAGUCAAUAAAAUCAAAGCCAAGUUUAGAUUUCUAGGGAAGUUCAUGGCCAAAGCCCUGAUGGAUUCUAGAAUGAUUGAUAUACCACUGAGCCUACCUUUCUUCAAGUGGCUUCUGGGUAAAUCCGAGUCACUAAACUCCUAUGAUCUUCAAUACAUCGAUCCCGUCUUGGCGAGAUCCUUCUACCAACUUGAGGAAAUAAUGCAACAGAAGAAGAAACUACUUGAAGACAGCUCACAUACGCCAGCCAGCCUCCAGCUAGCUCUAGAUAGUCUGACUAUCGAUGGAAGCUCAGUGGAAGAUCUCGGUCUGGACUUUACUCUCGCUGGUUAUAGUCACAUCGAGUUGAAGAAAGGUGGAAAGGAUUUGGUGGUGACCAUUCAUAAUCUAGAAGAAUACCUAAGGCUUGUGGUCCACUGGACUCUUGUAGAAGGGGUGUCCAGGCAGUUUGAAGCCAUGAGGGACGGGUUUCAGUCAGUCUUCCCUCUGUCCAAUCUACAGAGCUUCUAUCCUGAAGAGCUGGAUCAAAUGUUUUGUGGAAACAGCAGUGAGCCGUGGGAUAUCAAGACGUUGAUUGAAUGCUGCCGUCCAGACCAUGGCUACACUCAUGACAGCCACGCAGUUAAAUUCCUGUUUGAGAUUCUUGCGUCGUAUGACCCCCAACAGCAAAGACAGUUUUUGCAGUUUGUUACCGGCAGUCCCAGACUACCAGUUGGGGGUUUCAAGGCACUCACACCUCUUCUGACCAUCGUCCGUAAAACCUUUGAGGCUACUGAGAAUCCAGACAACUUCCUGCCAUCCGUCAUGACGUGCGUCAACUACCUGAAACUACCGGACUACAGCUCUUCUGAAAUCAUGCAGAUUAAACUCCGCCUAGCUGCUGAAGAGGGACAGCUCUCUUUCCAUCUCUCAUAACGAAGGUGGAAUAACGACGUUUUUACGUCCCAGACUUGUUAUCAUUCAAGGCUGUCCUCACGUUGAGAGCCAAUAUUGCUGCAAGGAGAGUUUGCUUGAAUUUGUUUAUUGAGUUUUGUUUUUGCUGCAUUGUUGCAGAGAAUUUGGAUUUAUUUUGAGUUUAGGAUGUCGGCUUAUCAUGUCCAGACAAAUGCUGUGUCACGUUCUUCAAGCGCAUUGUCAGGCACUGGAUGUAACUACUCUUAAAUCUUGUGAUGGUGAUUCAAGAAUCUUUGCUCAAGAAUUGGAGAUUUUUCAUUGGAAGUGCAGUCCUUCAUUAACCACUGCUGGAGUUGGAAACAGCAGAAUAGAAGUUUACGUUUAUUGGCAUUAAACAAAACUGGUCUUGAACAAAGUAACUAAGAAUUGCUGAUAUUUUUGUUUGAUUAAUUUGCAACGUUGGACUUUGAUCCAAAGGGACAUUAUUCUUUGUAAAGCAUCAGAAGGCUUGUAUUUAGUUGAGCAUAAAUCAAUGUAAUGUAAGAUAGAAACGAAGACUGCUCGGAUUAACAACGAUUCUUAAAGAUUGAUGUUACGAAGUAUUCUUAUGCACUUCAACCCACAGGCUUCAGAAACGCCAAAAAGCCAACAAACUUGUUCAUUAGGAUGUAAUGUCACUGACUGCAAGGAUAUCAUACCAAAAAAGGACCUUAAAUUUGCUGAAGAGAUUCAGUCUUCAUGAAUUUAUACCUCGGCACAGAGGAUCCGCAAAUGUCAUCAUCAAGCAUUGAUAUUAUAAAUAAAUGAAGUUACUCCACUGUCCUGCUGGCUGAGGGAAGGCUUAGUAGAACCCUUGGCGCUAACAUGACUAGGAUCUGUUCCUUGACGCUAACCUGCACUAAGAUCUGUUCAACCACUUUUGAGAAUUAUUUUUGUGCAGAGAACAUUAAUUUGAUUUACUGUUCCAGAUUGAUCACCCUAGCUGUUGGAAUUCCUUGUCCCUAAUUUUCUCUGGACUAUUUUCGAUGUCGGUAAAGCCUUUCCUUUUAAUACGGACUGUGAUUUUUGCGAGUCCAUGAUGUUCAAAUACACCGCAUUGCUGAUUCCCAAAUAAAAGUAGGUCCUUCUCUUGCUUAGAAGCCCUGACACUUACACACUAUCCUUCGUUAAGAAAUGGAACCCAUUGCUGCUUGACACUUACACACUAUCCUUCGUUAAGAAAUGGAACCCAUUGCUGCUUGACACUUACACACUAUCCUUCGUUAAGAAAUGGAACCCAUUGCUGCUUGACACUUACACACUAUCCUUCGUUAAGAAAUGGAACCCAUUGCUGCUUGACACUUACACACUAUCCUUCGUUAAGAAAUGGAACCCAUUGCUGCUUGACACUUACACACUAUCCUUCGUUAAGAAAUGGAACCCAUUGCUGCUUGUAAGAUUUUAUUAAAAGAAGGUCUUAUCCAAGAGCGAUUAUCCCCGUCAGCAAAGUUUGAUUUUUAAAGACAUCCAUUCCAAGGAAGCUUAACUUAUCAACUGCUCAGUUGUAGGGAUUUUAAGGUCGUUGAUUGGUUUGAACGUUGUGGUAAUUUCACCUGAGUGUAGAAUCCAUCCUUCGUUUUAUGACCACCUUCGUCUAAUUAGUCCUUCUUCAUAUCGGAGGCAAAAUAUCGCACAGAGUCGUAGAUUAAAUUCCUUUAAAAGAGUUGAUUGAAGGUUUAUUUAUUGCAUCAAACCAACAUUUACAUGUAUAAGGAGACAUGAUGAUGAUUUGUUUCGCGAGUUUUAGUUUGGUGUGGAAGUUUUAAGGAAUAAGUGUUUAUAGGAUUCUUUGGGUUUAUGAUUUUGACCAACUUUGAAUCGAUGCUUUAUCAGAACUGUGUUGAUUCGGUUUGAUUUGUGUUCUUGAUUUCUUCACAAGUUGAGUAACGGAUUAAAUUAGACUAAAUUGGUGUAAACUCGGCCUAAGGCUUGAUCUAGUUAUGAAACAAGGUCUCCACGCAUCCACUCAUUAACAUAAGGAUUUAUUUUUAAAAAUUAAAAACAAAAUUAAUCUUUAAACAAAAGUGUAACAUGAAACAAAUAUUAAUAACAAAUCAAGGGAUAAUCAUAAAAUAAAAAUAGAAAUGAUCUUUGUACAUAAAGGGAAAACACUGAUGGAAAUAGUGUGCUAAUGAAGAAGAAUUAAAAACUGCAAAUCGUAAAAUGUUUGUAAAGGCUAAUUGAGGAAACUUUAACUAAGGGUAACAAAACUGAUUAUAAAUGUUAGCUUGGGAUCUUAAGCCAUGCAAUUUGUAUUGAACAAAAAACUUUAACGUGUAUAUCUAAACGUAAGAGAUUGUGUAACAUUAAGGCAUAUUAUUUACACUGUUUGUACAGCAGAAACAUUAAGAGCUUAACUGUUUAUAUCGGCCAUUGUCUGUCUGUCCGUCGGGCUGUCUGUCUGUCAGGCUGUCUGUCUGUCUGUCAUGCCAAAAGUAUGCUGAUGGUAUUCUCAAUUGGGUGUGGGAAAGGGGUUAUAUUUCUACCAUUUUGUUUCUACAAAAAUGACCAAGGUUGAAUCAUACCAUUGCUUUAUCUCAAAAAACUCAAUAAUAGAGUAAAUUGCUUUUUAGUGAACGUUUGGCAAUAGUUUAUGGGGAAACGGGGAUUAUUUUAACAAAAAGUUGCUUUUUAAGUUAUU